AUGCAAAAUUCCUACCAGCUGUUGCUGGUCAUGCAUCGGCUCUGGCUCCGUGUGUCGAAUUCGGGAUCUUCUGGUCGAAUCCAACCAGCAUUUGUUUGCUUGGAAUCGGUCGAGUCCAGACAGAUCUUGUUGGCCAUGGAUUGGCUAGGCAUAUACUUUGAACAGUCGAGUGCAAAGAGCUCUUGCUGGCUAUGGAUCGGCACGGGCUCCAUGUGCAUCAAUUUUGCAUCGAAUUUGGAAUCUUCUGGUCAAAUCCAAUCAGCAUUUGUCUGCUAUGGAUCGGCUCGGUCUUGCUUAUCCAUGAGGAUAAAGCAAAAAAAAAAACCAUGUCGGAUCCUCGAGUCCAAACAGCUCCUGUUGGCUAUGGAUUGGCUCGGCAUCAAAGGAUAUUAUCCUUCGGAGAGUCGAAUCCAAAGAGGUCUUGCUGGCUAUGGAUCGACACGGUCUCCAUAUGUGCAUCGACUGUGCAUCGGAUUCGGGAUCGUAUGGUCGAAUCCAAUCAGAACUUACUCGCUAUGGAUCGGGUGGGGUUUCCUUAUCCAUCAGGAUAGAGCUCAGAAAUCCAAAUCAGAUCGUCGUAUUCGGGUCGUAUGCAUCAAUGGAUGGCAUCGAAGGAUAAAAUUCAUCCAGAUGAUUGACUUGAGUGGUCCUGCUUGCCACAUCAAUCAAAAUUGA